AUGCUUGUAAUGAAGGAUGGACAGCUGUGUCGCAAGCAUGGUGACAGCCUAGCGGAGUUUCUUGCACGGGACCAAGAAGAGCACAUGGACCUGGGUACGGCGCUCUUCCGAUACGGACUUGUGUCUAAACAUGGGGACGACAAAGCACAUGUCGUGCUCACGUCGCAUCAUGCAAUUUAUGACGGCUGGUCUAUGCCUUUGAUUUUCGAGCGCGUCAACAGCGCGUACAAAGACAUGGAAAUCCGACGUCCAGUAGGCUUCAAUCACUUCAUCAAGUAUCUGACUCAGCUGGAUCCUUCAGCCUCAGAAGGGUACUGGCGCGAGUUACUUGACGGCGCCAGUCCACAUCAAUUUCCCACCCUUCCGCACAAAGGCUACAUCACGCGCGCAGACUCUCUCCUUGAGCAUUACGUCCAGGUUCCGUCUUCUGUCAAUAGCAAGUUUACUGUUGCAACUAUCAUUCGCGGCGCUUGGGCUCUAGUUUCCUCCCUAUACAUGGGUCACAAGGAUAUCAUCUUUGGCGAGACGCUCACUGGACGCUCUGCUCCAGUCGCUGGCAUCGAAGAGAUAGAAGGCCCAAUGAUCACCACUGUACCCAUCCGCACAAAGAUCGACCCUAACGUUCAGAUCUCGGAGUACCUCGACGCCGUCCACACACAGACCGUUCAGCAAAUGCCGCAUGAGCACUUUGGUCUCCAGAACAUCCGCCGUUUAAGCCGCAAUGCGAGGGAAGCAUGCGAACUCCGCACCGGUCUCGUGCUGCAUCCGAAGGAAGAUAAUGUUCCUGGUCAGACGAAUAGCAUCGAGGAUGCACCUGCGAAUGGCUUCUUGCCUUCAGACGAUGCAGAGGCAGCAAGAGAGGCAUUGAAGUUCAAUACUUAUGCGCUGAUGCUGGUGUGUACGCUGGAUGAAAACGGCUUUCUCAUCAUGGCGAGCUUUGAUUCAAAGUGCAUUGCUUCGCCGGUCAUGGAGAGGGUGCUCAAGGUGUUGGAUCGCGUUGUCACUGCGUUCUUGGAGAGACCUGACGGACAGCUCGGCCUUGCGACGGCACUGGAGCCGGAAGAGUUGGAAGAUGCUUCAGCAUUUAAGCCUACGGAUGUGCCGCAUGAUGACGAAGCGGAGACGCAGACCAAUGGCCAUGUCAAGCAACAAGCACCCGGGAAAUCACUAACUCUGACAGCACGCGAGAUCACAAUGCGAGCGCUGUUGAGCCGCAUACUUGGCCUCCCAGAGACUGACAUUGGUCCAAGCGACAGCUUCUUUGACCUAGGAGGCGACUCAAUCAGCGCAAUGAAACUCGUUUCUGAAGCUCGCACGCAGGGCUUGAAGCUCACCGUUGCGCAGAUAUUCCAAAGUCGUUCGCUAGCUGAGCUUGCGCAAGCCGCUGGUAACGAGAAGGAAGAGAAACUCAUCCGAAUCCUGAGUCGCAUUCUGGGCAUUCCAAACGAGGAAAUCACUCCAAGCGACAGUUUCUUCGAGCUGGGCGGCGACUCGAUCUCUGCUAUGAGGUUCGUUGGGGAAUGUCGCGCGCAAGGACUUGGUGUCACGGUGCCGCAGAUCUUCCAGAGCAGGUCGAUUUCGGAGCUCGCUCCGCUAGCUGAGGAGCUGACGUCUACGAAGUCGAAUGAGGUUUCCCUUGUGCCCUUUGCUGCGCUGGGUGAUGAAGCGAGCUCUUAUAGCGUGGAACGCAUUCAGCCCCUUCUGGAGAAUUCCGCUUGGAAGAUCGAUGAUGUCUACCCGACUAGGCCGCUGCAGAAGGUCGCUGUUGACGGCACAGUUCAGCUUCCGCGAUACUCGCUGCGGUAUGAGUUGAUCAAGUUUGACGCACCCAUCGAUAAGGUCAAGCUUGCGCACAGCUGCCAUGAGGUGGUCGCUCGCAACGAAGUUCUACGGACAGUGUUCGUGGAGCUUUCAGGUCGCUGCCUUGGUGUAGUCAUAAACUCAUUGGAAGCUCUCUUCCAAGAGAUUCCAAUACCAGACACUGCAGACAACGAUACCUUCAUCCGCUCCUGGAUCAACGCGGAUACCGAGGCGCCGAAGCCUUACGGAUCCUCCUUCGUCGGCUUCACCCUCUUCACACCCCAGAACGGCAGUCCGACCCUCGCAUUCCGCAUCUCACACGCCCAGUACGACGAAAUGUGCCUCCCCCUCCUCUUCGCUCAACUCUCAGCCCUCUACUCCGACUCCACUAUCCCGGAAACCCUCCCCUUCACCCACCACGUCAACCACGUAGUACAAUCCUCCAUUCCAUCCAGCAUCCCCUACUGGCGCGCCCUCCUCGCCUCCUCCCGCCUCUCCGUCCUCCGCCCAAACAUCCCCCUCACAUCCCGCACCUCCACCUCCAUCUACCGCGAAUUCGACAUCUCCCAGCGCCCAAAGCACAUCACCAUCGGCUCCCUCCCCACCGCCGCCUGGGCCGUCGUCCUUGCGCGGCGCCUCAACACGCGAGAUGUCGUCUUCGGCGAGGUAGUCACAGGCCGCAACCUCGGCGUCUCCGCCGCAGACCGCGUCGUCGGCCCAAGCUGGCAGUACGCUCCCUUCCGCGCGAGCUUCACCGAGCACACUACGUACGCUGCGUUACUCCAAGCCGUGCAGGACCAGCACGUCGCGAGCUCAGCGCACGAGGGCAUGGCGCUAGAGGAAAUCGUGCGCCAUUGCACGGACUGGGAUCCCACUGAGGCGAGCUGGUUCGAUAGCGUGGUGCAUCAGGCGCCGAGGUAUUGGGUUGAGAAAAUGACGUUUGGUGAAGUAAAGGCCGAGUUUGAGACUGUGUAUCCGCAUGCUGAGCCGUUGAGGGAGUGGAAGGUGCAGGCUUUUGUGCUGGAAGGGGGAAGCAGGUUGGGGGUGGAGAUUGUUACGUUUGAGGCGUGGAGAGACGUUGGGGAGGAGGUGGUGGGGAGAUUGGGGAGGUGCUUGGGGGUUGUGUGGGGUGGGAGGGGAGGGUUUUUGAGUAGAUGGUGGGGACGAGGGAGGAAGGGGAGAGAUUGGGGUUUCUUAGUGGUUUUUUUUUUUUUUUGGACGUGUAGUUUGACUUUUGCGAUGCAUAUAUUGUUGUUGAUGCUUAAUGUUUGUCUUGUUGAUGUGACCAUGAUAGUGGUAGUGCUGUGGUGUUUGACUCUCAGGGUGGAGGAUUGUGCUCUAGCCUGUUUUAUGAUUUCGAAGAAUAAAAUAAAAUAG